AUGACUACGCCCAGGGCAAAAGACCCGUUGGACGCCCUCCAGCUGCUCGUCAAUGAUGUGCUCGUGCAAACCGGCAAAGCCCUCCGUGCCUCGCGACGAGACAGUCAAGGUAACCUCCCUCCUCAAGGAGUUCUGCAGCCCAAGCUGCCAGACACCAUCAGGGCCUUCCACUCGGCUCUUGACGAUCUCGAAAACGACAUUAUUCGUGCCAAAUCUGUGCUUCUCCGCGAUCUAAACCAACUAAAGGCACAGAACCAUUCUUCUGAUGAAUCACGGUCGCUCGCCCAACCAACGCAGGUGGAACCGCAGUCAAAGUCUCCCAUGGCCAUCGAGAUAGAGUCAUCGCCACUAGCACCCCCAAAAGAAGAACCAAUCGAGAACGAUGGCCCCGGCAACAAGCCCGCCGGCGCUCCUAUCCCAGACAUGGGCAUGGGCCUAGGCUUGGAUCUGGGCAUGUCAGACCUUACCCAGCCUACUGUCUCUAUCAAGGAAGAGAAUAUGUCCUCCCAAGCCCCAAUUGGUGUCCAUGCAGGGGGCCCUGGGCCCGUUAAAACGGAAAGCAAAGAAUCAAAUUACGAGGCGCCGAUUGCACCGAUGGAUGUGACAUUAGAAGGGACCCAAACCAACAUUGGUGGUGGUGACGGUACUGCGCUGGAAUUGACAAACUCGGACUUGAACUUCACGGACAUGGAGUUCACCUUGGCGCCGCCAGCCCCGACGAAUGAUAACCAGAACCAGCCAGGUGGCGGUGGGAACGCAGCUGCCAGCACCGAGUCGUCGUUUGAUCCCUCUUCGUUUGGUGCUACAGACGGUGCAACCGGCAACAUGUCCUCUCUGGAAAACAUGCUGCCGACCAAUUCGACAGGGCAACCAGCCCCUGCAACAAAUGCACCACAAGGACGACCGGCAGAUAGUCAACCCAACACAGGGGCAGAAAAGAAGGAGCCCAUGGCUCAACCAGCAUUGGCAGACGUGUUUACGGGCGGCGGGCAGACCGACGGCAUGGACUUUGACUUUAGUCUCGGAGACGGAAUGGGCGGCGAUACGUUUGACGAUCUCAUGAAUGACCGUGAUAACACGUUCGAUACUAUGGAGCACGGUGACUUUGACGCUAAUUUCUUCGGCCUCGAUAAAAUUGACGAGGCUUAG